AGCAAUCGAUGACUCCUUGUUGCUGAUGUUGUUCUGGAUCCUGACGGGUCUGUCGGUUUUGGGUUUGUUCUCUCAGCGUUACGGUCUUCAGCCGCUCACCAUCGCUCUGAUCCUUCGCUCCAUCUACCACCUCGGCAUCGGCAACACGCUCAUCCUGCUGGGGUCGCUCAAUCUGAUCAAUAAGGUGGUGUUUGUGGUGAGUUUUGUGGGGAACAACGGGACGUUUAUUAUGGGAUACAAGGCCAUGGUGAUGGAUGUGGAGUUCCUGUACCACCUGGCCUACGUCCUCACCUCCACACUGGGACUGUUUGUCCACGAGCUCUUCUACAGCAUCCUGCUGUUUGACCUCAUCUACCGGGAGGAGACUCUGUUCAACGUGAUCAAGAGCGUGACUCGUAACGGUCGCUCCAUCCUGCUGACGGCGCUGCUCGCCCUCAUCCUCGUCUACCUCUUCUCCAUCGUGGGCUUCCUCUGCCUGAAGGAGGACUUCAUCAUGGAGGUCGACCCGCUGGUGCAGAUCGCCGCAGCUCCUCAGCAAACCGAAGCCUCUCAGGAUUUCCUCAAGUCGUGCUCUGCAGACGGAGUCAGCUGCACCGUGGAGACGGACGCCCUCAGCGUCGCUGAGGAGGAAGAGGAGCCGAACACGGAGCGAGCGUGCGACACUCUGCUGAUGUGUAUCGUCACCGUGUUGAACCACGGACUGAGGAACGGGGGAGGAGUCGGAGACGUUCUGCGCAAACCGUCCAAGAACGACCUCCAACCACAGAUCAUUUUGUUUAAGACGGGCUGUUGUGCACAUGUUUCAAUAAAUCUCAAGUUUUUCCACCCAAAUUCUCUCUUUUUGUCCCCUUAUGUCUGAACUCACUGCGAUAUUUCCGUCCUCUCCCGUUAACUCAUUUAGCCCAAAAUUCAGCUCUGAGAUUUUCCAGGAUCAGACUUCUAUCUCAUUAAAACGCCUCCAAAAUACCCGAGCUUUUCUUAUCCAAGUCUUUCUGUUUUGUUUCCUCGGUGUAAUGUCUACGUUGUAAAAACCUGCGGACGUCUAAGUUCGUUCGGCCAUAAUGAGUUUUUAAAUUCGGAACAUUUCUGAGCCCUCCAUCGACGCAGAGAUCACUGUAUUUGGUUUCAGCGCAUUUCUUAAAUCUUGUGUCGGUCGUGUUGGGUAUAAAAUCUGGAUCAAAACUUUCCAUCUCAUCAAAUGGUAAAGAUCCUCCGACUGUUGAUCCUUCACCUGAAACCACAGUGAAGUCUUUAUCCACGAAUGAGACCCCUUUACAUGUUUUAAAAAAGCGUCGUCACCUGUAACAGCCUGAGAGGGAAUAUCGCUCGAUAUCUGGCGCUCUAUCACGUGUGCUGUGUUGGAUGGAUUGCCUUUAGCGACCACAGUUUUUAUCUGAGCUGCUCUGUAGUCAUGUUUAAAAUUUGGAAGGGGGAGACCUCCUUUCUGCUUCCAUAUCUGAGGUUUCUGUCUCUGCCAAAUGAAUCUCGAGGUCAUUCUGUCCAGAUCUUGAAAUUGUCCGUUUGGGAUUUUGCGUUUUAUACAAAUAUUAAAAGUCUUGGCGGUGCAUUAAUUUUAACUGCC